CCACACAACACUUUUUUCAUCAUUGAUCCUGCUUAUGGCGCUCGCGUUUCCAGGCCAUACUGUUGCGAUGCUCAUUCCCUCACAUUUAAGUCGCGCAAUAAGAAAAAACGGAAGCAGUCACAAAAUAACAUCGAUCCAGAAAGAUGAUACCGAAUAAUCAUAAUGAUGUGAAUGAAGCCUUGCGAUCGGUCAAUCCAUGCACAGAUCGGUUAUUGUUCAAAGACCAAAAGCACAAACAUCAUCACCUGAACGAACAACACCAACUGGAAUCGCAUGAACAAAGUAGCAGCGUCAUCAUGUGUAGCAAGGAUCAAACUAGCAAAAACAAUACCGACCAACAAUACAGGGACGCCGUGAGAUCCCUAGGUCCCUACGAUGUCGUUUGUGGGAGAGGGAGUGUCGCCUUCAACAAUAUCGGGAAUCGUCGGUUUCGGAUAAUAAUCGGGAUGAACGUCGACAAAUACAGCGCAAUCGAUGGACGCUUCCAGAAAGGAAUCUUUAUCGGGAACUUGGUCGAUGCACUCGUCUGUGAAAUGGGCGCGCGUUUCUUCAAGCAAAAAAAAACUGAUGGGCGACUGGUGGAGCUGACGGAAGCAGAGAUAAGAAAAAAGGUCGGCCACGCUUUGCGGGACAUGUUUGCUUUCCAGGAGAGCCAACAGCAACAGCAACAACAAGACGUUAAAGAACAAAAUAUGAUGGCAGGGGAUACAGCGACGUUAGCAAUACCUUCAUUGCUAUCACUGGCUCGAUCGCCAGCUCAUCACAAGAAGAGCAACGAUAUGAACUGCAGCUGUUUGCCUCAUGAAAGAACGCAACAAUCUCUCCCGCAAAGUCUCCCACAUUUUCCUCUUCCGACGUCCCUCUUGUUUCAAGAGUCCAUCGAAUCUAUCGAUGUUCCAAGGAACUACAGGGCCGACACUAAUAAUGGUUUUCAGGGAACAAAUAAUUUUGAAAUCCAGAACCGUUCCACCGAGAUCAGGCAACACGGUUUUUUCCCUGUGUCGAACAGAGACAAACGCCAACGGCAGAAAGAACUGCAACGGCGGCUCCAGCAGCAGCAGCAAUCUGGUCAUUUUUCGAUGAGAGAGCUUGAAGAGAGGCUAUCGGCUACUACCAACAUUAGCAAUAGUGAAAGGGAACGUCAAGGAACAAUCUGAAACAAGAACAGUGGUUUUCAUGAGAGGCCAAGUUACUCUCUACAUGCGAUCGAAAUAGAAAUACAUCGCAAGAAAAACGCUGAGAAAAAUAACUACAAAAUUUUGAUUUUUUAAACAAUAUUAUGGGAUGAACGAAAGAAAACAUUGAGUACGAAAAUUAGGAACCAAAAAGUGAAGUAGGUCCGACGUGCAUUAGUGUCGAUGUCAAGGGAAAUUUUCAGUUAUAUAACAAAUAAAUAGCAAGUAAGGGGUAACAAAUUAGAUUGGGAUUCAGAAAAGGACAAUGGCGCUUUCAUUUUUCCCACUCCAAUUCAAGAUUCCAGCUUCAUAUCAAGCAUUAUGUAAUUUAGGAAAAACUGAGGAACAAAUCUCAAACGAAAGUAGUUAUCUGAUUAAUGUAUCCGCUCGGUAGUAACAAGUUGAAUCCGUUCGUACGCGUAUAACCCGAAAUAAUAUACUAUAAUUCGU